CACUUAGUGUCUCCACUGCCUCAGGCCAGGGGAGGACCUGGAGUCCUUGCCCUGUCCUCUCUGCUGGCCAGAGAGCGUGGGCCUGGCAAUUGGCCUGGGUCUGAGCUGUGUUGGCCCUGGAGAAAUUGCUUGGCCUCUCUGAGCCCAGAACUUUCAAAGGCCCAAGUGUAGGCUAGCCCUGCAGUGGGAGGAAGGCUUGCUUCUCGGCCUUCAUCACCCACCCCUUUGCCUAAAAUCGAGUUUUGGGAGGAAUGUCGGGAAAGUGCAGCUUUGACUAGGACAGAGAUAGUGAGGGCACUGCGCCAUGCCAGCCUGUCUUUGUGUCCAGGGGUGUGGAAGCAUUCCAGUGGGGUCAUGGGUAAAUGGUAACAUUUGCACAUGAAACAUCUAGGGGCCAUGCUGAAAUCCACACAUUGUUAAGGGGCUCGCCUUUCCUGGAGUCCUGGGCAUUUAAUCCACUACCUUGACUUUAUACCUGUCCUUAAAUGAGUCUGCAACCUUCUUAUUAUGAAGAAAAACAAAGGUUUGUUUUAGGAGUAAUGAAACAUUGUGAUGAAUUUGCAAGUUGGCAAGGACCUCUGAGAACAUCUAGUCCAACUCCUGGUACAUGAAUGGAAUGGAGAUCAGGAGACUGGUCUGCAUGACCAACUGCCCGACGCUCAUCGUCAUGGUGGGCCUGCCAGCCAGGGGCAAAACCUACAUCUCUAAAAAGCUGACUCGCUACCUGAACUGGAUCGGCGUGCCCACUCGGGAGUUCAACGUUGGCCAGUAUCGCCGGAGCGUGGUCAGGACGUACACCUCCUUCGAGUUCUUCCUUCCAGACAACGAAGAGGGCCUGAGGAUCAGGAAGCAGUGUGCGCUGGCAGCCCUCCGUGACGUCCGGCGGUUCCUUAGUGAGGAGGGGGGCCAUGUGGCGGUUUUUGAUGCAACAAAUACCACCCGAGAACGGAGGGCGACCAUCUUUAAUUUCGGGGAGCAGAACGGCUACAAGACCUUCUUCGUGGAGUCCAUCUGUGUGGACCCUGAGGUCAUAGCUGCUAACAUCGUGCAAGUGAAGCUGGGCAGCCCCGACUACGUCAACCGUGACAGCGACGAGGCCACGGAGGACUUCAUGAGGCGCAUCGAGUGCUACGAGAGCUCGUACGAGUCUCUGGACGAGGACCUGGACAGGGAUCUGUCCUACAUCAAGAUCAUGGACGUGGGGCAGAGCUACGUGGUGAACCGGGUGGCCGACCACAUCCAGAGCCGCAUCGUGUAUUACCUCAUGAACAUCCACGUCACCCCCCGCUCCAUCUACCUCUGCCGGCACGGCGAGAGCGAGCUCAACCUCAAGGGCCGGAUCGGCGGGGACCCGGGGCUGUCCCCCCGGGGCCGGGAGUUUGCCAAGGGCCUGGCCCAGUUCAUCAGUGACCAGAACAUCAAGGACCUGAAGGUCUGGACCAGCCAGAUGAAGAGGACAAUCCAGACAGCCGAGGCCCUGGGCGUGCCCUACGAGCAGUGGAAAGUCCUCAAUGAGAUCGACGCGGGCGUCUGUGAGGAAAUGACCUAUGAGGAAAUCCAGGAGCAUUAUCCACUGGAGUUUGCCCUGCGGGACCAGGACAAAUACCGCUACCGGUACCCCAAGGGGGAGUCCUACGAGGACCUGGUCCAGCGCCUCGAGCCUGUCAUCAUGGAGCUGGAGAGGCAGGAGAACGUGUUGGUCAUCUGCCACCAGGCCGUGAUGCGCUGCCUGCUGGCCUACUUCCUGGACAAGACGGCGGAGGAGCUGCCCUACCUCAGGUGCCCGCUGCACACGGUGCUGAAGCUGACCCCUGUGGCGUACGGUUGCAAAGUGGAGUCCAUCUACCUGAACGUGGCAGCGGUGAACACGCACCGGGACAGGCCCCAGAAUGUAGACAUCUCGCGGCCUCCAGAGGAAGCCCUCGUCACCGUCCCUGCUCACCAGUGACCCCGUCUCGUCCACUGCGACCCCCGGACAGGCGUCGGUCUCCGAGGACCCCC